AUGGCGGAGAACAUCAAGGUGGCGGUGCGGAUUCGGCCGCCGUCGUCGUUUCCCUCUCUAGCGGGACUGUUCUACUCGGAGGAACUCGACCUGAACUCUGGAGAGCGCCGCUUGCAGCUCUCAGGUCCUCUGAGCGUGGAGGAGACGAAUGGCGGACGCGCUGCGGCUGUCCACAUGCAGAACAAGCUGGGAAGUAGAUCUGAAUUCGUUUUCGACGUCCUCUUCGACUCUUCGCAGAAGAGCGCGCGGAGACGAAGAUCCCCCGGCCAGACUCGCGAGUCGUCAGACGCAGAGGCGCCCUGCACGUUCUCGGGACUCGAGGAAAACUCCCAGGAAGCGGUUUUCGAGCGCACUGCGAAGCCGCUGUGUGAUGCAAUUCUGGACGGAUUCAACGCUACGCUUCUCGCCUACGGACAAACAGGCAGUGGUAAAACGUACACGAUCGUCGGUCCGCCAGAUGGAGGCCGGGAGCGCAGAGAAGAGCGCGGCGUCUUGCCUCGAGCGCUGAACUACUUGUUUUCGAAGUUGCCGACGCAGGACGGCGAGAGCGGGUCGCGAGAGGGGACUCCGUCGCGUCCUGAUUCUUCGAUUCUGUCCUGGUCGAUGCAGGUGCAGUUCGUGGAGAUUUACCAAGAGCAGAUCUUCGACUUGCUCGCGCUCUCGCCAGCUCCCGAGCGAGCACCUGCUGACAGGCUCGGCGCGCCGAGUUCUUUCUCUGGACAGCCGUCGACGCCUUUUGCGGCUUCUGCGCCACCGUCGGUGCCUCAGCCGGUCAAGGACAGCGGGACCGCUGCCUCACCGCGACAGAGAACUGAAGAAACGAGUGGAGCAGACAGCGUUCCCGGAGGCGCCCUCAGAGUUCGCUUCGACCCGGCCAAGCAGACGACGUACGUAGCGGGGGCGAGGCGGCUUCCGGUGUUCGACGAAGCGCAGGCUCUGCAGAUCUUUGCGCAGGGUGUGAAGAACCGGCGCACCGCAGAGACGCGACUGAAUUUGUCGAGUUCGCGCUCGCAUGCGGUCUUCUCGAUUUUCCUGCAACUGGAAAAGAAGGAGCAGACGAGUCCAGGCGACGAGGGAGCAGAGAGUCGAGGCAAAGCGAUGCGCAGGAAAACCGCUGCCCAACUCCACGUCGUCGACCUCGCGGGAAGCGAGAGACAGAAAGACACUCUCGCCUCCGGAGACAGGUUGCGAGAAGCGGGGAAGAUUAAUUACUCCUUGUCGGUAUUGUCUCAUGUGAUUCGCGAGUUGGUGGAGCAGGGAGAAGGCGAGCAGGCGCCGGCGACUCCGCCUGGUUGCGGCGCGAAGGCUGCCCGCGUGUCUUCUUCGCACAUUCCUUACCGCGACAGCAAACUGACUUUUCUCUUGAUGGACGCUCUUGGAGGCACCAGCAAGGCUGCGUUGAUUGCGACGCUCUCGCCGUCUCUUGCACACUUGGGCGAGACCAUCAGUACCUUGACGUUUGCAUCCCUCAGCAAGAAAAUCAAGAACAAAGCCAAGGCGAACGAGGUGAAAAUUUGGGACAAAGCUUCGGUUGAGGAGAUGCUUCGCGACCGAGAGCGACAAGUGGAGGAAGUCAAACGCCUGCGCGCGCUGCUCCUCCAGACGAAGGGCGUGACCGAGCCGGCGUCUCUGAAUCUCGAGCGUCUCUCCUCCUCCGAGUUUCUUUCUCUGAUGGAAAACUCGGGACCUCCGCACUCGAAGGCAGAGGCGGAAGAACGGGAAGCCCAUGCAGAACGCAGAAAAACGCAUGCAGAACUCCAGCAACGGGUGGCGCUCCUCGAAGCCGCUCUCGUCCAAGCUGCAGAAGUCCAUAGACGCGACCAAGUCGAUGCACAGAAACAUGUCGACUCACUGCAACUCAGAAUCGAGUACUACGAGGACUUCCUUCGCAAUCUUCAGCGACAGCGUUCGCGGGAUGUGGAGCUUCAGACGCGUUCUCCGGGGGCUCUGGAGUCUCCUCUGUCUCCUGCAUCUGAGGAGACAGAGCGUCUGCGUGUGGAGCUUCAGCAGCGAGAAGCGGAGGCGGCGCGUCUGCGUGCAUGCGUCUCGGAUUUGCAGGAGAAGGAGAGACCUCUCGUUGCGUUGUUGAUUCUUCUACAGAAGCACCUGAAGUACCGCGAGGGGAUGGAUCGUCUGGCCGCUCUGCGAGACGAGGAAGAAGAGCUCCUCGACAGCCGGGAUGACGACGCUGCGUUCUAUUGCAGACAGCAGCUUCUCGUGGAACUUCUGGAAGGCAUGGUGAACGCGAAGAGCGAGACCGUCGAAGAGAAGAACGCAGCGCAUGCAGAGAGACCGACGGAGGCGAGUACAACGGGGACCGGCCUCAACGGAGGCGAGGAGCGAGAAGGAGAGAACACUUGGAGGAGCGCGAGCGAGGAACAAGCCACCCCGGACUCUGUGUCGACGAUCUCAGACGCGGCGCAAGGACAACUUCCGACAAAGAGAGAAGACGCGGCUGUCGCCUUGCCUGUGGAGGACGCCUGGGAAAAACGCAUCGCCAGCUUUGCUCAGGCAGCUUGUGACCUCGUUCGCCAUGUUCGCGACAACCUUCCGGAGUCCGUUUCAGUGCCUAACUUUCCAACAUCUCUCGAAGAAGGCUGGCCUGAGCACAGCGCCGCGAUAGCAGACCGACAAGUCCGAGUUGAGGAGAUCACCGCGCAAGUGCAUGCGCUUGAGGCGGUCUUUGACGCCUUGUUGGCCCGCGGUGCGGAGAUCCCUUCCAACAGUCCUCCCGGAGGCAACGGAACGCGAGACUCGUCGUUCGUCUGUCCGACCGGCGAGAAAACGGCUGAGGCGCAUGCACUGGCACCGCCGGCAGUGGCGCCGUCUCGCUGCUUCUCCUCGCCUGCAGACUGUCCCUCAGACGACGGUUCUUUAGCAGAGCGCAGGGGACCUGGCACUGCGGGAGAAAGUCAGAUGCUCCGGGAUCUGUACGAAGAGGAGAAGCGCGCAAGUCAGGCUCUGCGCCAGCAAGUUCGCUGGCUUCAACGCACUUGCAGGAGACUGGAGAACCACAGCGAGUGUCGGCUCUUUUCGCAGAAGAACAGCGAGACUCCCGGAGAGGCGACAGAGGCCGCGCAAGUCCUCCAGGAGUACCGUGAGCGCGUCGCGGAACUCGAGGAACAAGUCCAGCUCCUCGCGCAGAGACUCGAAGAGAAGAGAAACGCGUCUUACGAAGGCGCAGGCGUCCGCUUCUCCUCCAGACCGAGCGCCGCCAGUUCCGUCGGCAGUGCCAUCUCGUCGGCCAGUCCGCCUCCAGUGCCGCUUGCAGAUUGCACAAGCAAAGCGUCCCCGCCCUCCUUCCCAUUCACGCUUCCGCUUGUGACGGUGUUUGACGGCAAAGCGACUUUUCGAGGCAACUUUGCCAUGGUUGUGUCUUUGCUCGAGAAAGGAUCUACGGGCGGAGAGCAGCCGGGGUCGCUCGCUUGCUUGAGCGUUCUGCAACACGUGGACGACGGCCGGUCGUCGGCAGUGAGUCUGUUGUCCUUUUUGCAAAAAUGUGGAGACGAAGGCGACGUUCAGACGCUUCUGUCGAGCGGGAGAGCGAAGGCUCUGAUUCACCGCCUGCCGCUGUCUCAGGUGAAACGCGUAAGUCGCGUCCUCGAGUACGGGAAGAAGAAGAACCGGGGACGCAAACAAGAAGAAGGUCGCGAGGGGGAUGCGACGGCCGGUCCUGACUCGGCGGACUCUACACCCGGCGCAGAGUCGGUUCCGCGAAACGACGGGAGGACGGGAGAAGAGCACGAACUGGCCUUCUCUUCCUACGUCUACCGCGUCUACUUCAAGCUGCCGAUUGGCGUCUGGGGCAGUCCAGAUGUGAAGACCAAAUGGGUGACUGUCGCCGUCGACGAACGAGCUCUGCUGAGGCACCGGGUCACUUCCCCCGAAGCCUGUGACAAGCUGCUGCUCUCUGUGCUCAAGGGGAGUACCGCGACGCGCAAGUCUUCUUGAGAGUAAAAAACAGCGGGGGAAGAAGAGUGGGCAAAGGAGUGACAAACAGGACCCAAAAGGGAGUGCCAGAUUCCGUGAAAUAGAGGCAAGCGGGAACUCCUAUGGUGGUGUGACCAGGUCCUCGCGCGGGACUCACGGGGAGACCUGAGGAACCCCCAAGGGGACUGGAAAUGUGUGGAGAAACGGUCGACUUCUCUCGGUCCUUCUCAGAGGAGACUCAGGCGAGAGAUUUUCGCAUUUCUGGACUUCUUAUUGUUUUUAUCUUGUCAAAAGUCGAG